AUGGUCCAAGCCAAUGAGUCACCCCUGUCCUUCCAAAUGUUGGCUCCGCAUGAAUUCUUUCUCCCCAAUGAGUCCUGGGAGUUGCCUGGUUUCACUCGGCAAGCCUAUCACCAGCUGGCCCUGAAGCCACCACCCUGCACGGAAAUAAAGUCCAAGGUGCGUCGCCGCCUAAUCUACCCGGCAGAAGAUGCAAUCCAGCACACCUGGGGCUUCCACACAUGGCUUGAUGUGGGACGCUUGCCUGCCAUCUUCCCCACUCGGCCUGACGUGCCCUAUGAUAGCAAUGUCUGGCGCUGGCUGACCAACUCCAACGCCCAUCACCAGCCGCCAGCCAAGCCCCCCAUCCCCCCUCCCUCCCGGAUGGGUAGGAGCAGCUUCCUGACCUUCAUCUGCUGUACUCCCAUCUUCGCGGACACGAACAGGAAGAAUCAGGUGAUCCUCAAGACUGUGAAGGAGCUGAAGGAAGUAGAGAAACUCAAGCUGAGGAGUGAAGCAAGAGUACCUCCACUGGAUAUCCAUGGCAACAUCCUGCCCCCCAGGAGCUUCAAGAAGUAUCGACACAUAUCAGCUGGUGGAAGGUUUGAACCCUGUGGCCUCCAGCUCCUGCCCAACCCACUUCCCAAUAACUUAGCCAAGAGCUGGCCCUGCCCCAACCCUCUGCCACAUUACCAAGAGAAGAAGCUAAAGUUGGCCUUGCUGCCCAGUGCGCCCCUGAGCCAAGACCUCUGCUCCUGCCCAUUAUUUAUUUAUUUCCUCCGGUUCCUCCCACCGAGACCCUCCUGUCAGAAGGAGAGCUGCGGUCCAGGGAACGGAAUC